AGGCGGGGACUCGGGCCGGGGCGCCGGCGGGCGGCGGGCGGGGAUCCCCCGGCGGCGCGAGGAAGUCCCCGCGCGCGGGUACAAGAGCGCGGGCGCGAGCGAGGAGCGGCACACCUCAGCCAUGUCGCGCGGCCUCCGGCUCCUGCUCCUGAGCUGCGCCUGCAGCCUGGCGCCCGCCACGCAGGAGGUGAAGGUGGCCUGCUCCGGGACGGUGGACCUGCCCUGCCCUGCGCCCUGGGACCCGCAGGUCCCCUACCAGGUGUCCUGGGCCAAGCUCACAGAAGGUGGCGAGGAGACACUGGAGUCGCCUCAGGAUGAUGUGCACCUCAGUGGACAGAGCUAUCAUCGCAGGGGGCAAAAUGGCACUUUCAAGGCCCCUGAAGAAAAGCCCUAUUCUCUGAAGAUCCAAAACAUUACCAGCUGCAGCUCGGGGAAAUACAGAUGCACCCUGCAGGAGCUGGGAGGACAGAGGAACAUCAGCGGCGUGGUGACUCUGAAAGUGACAGGAUGCUUUAAGGAACCUAAAGAAACAACUUUAAAGAAAUACAGAGCUGAGAUUGUCCUGCUCUUCUCUCUGGUCAUUUUCUACUUAACACUCAUCAUUUUCACUUGCAAAUUUGCAAGACUACAGAGUAUUUUUCCAGAUUUUUCUAAACCUGGCAUGGAACGAGCUUUUAUCCCAGUCACAUCCCCGAAUAAGCAUUUGGGGCCAGUGACUCUUCACAAGACAGAAGUGGUGUGAACGGGAUUUCUGUUGUUUUUGUGAAGUCAAGGGCUCCGUGGUGUUACCUAGAUACCACCCUGGACAAGAGAAGAAUGAGCCCCACCUUGAAGAUGAUGCCCUGCCUGUGAGGUCCUUCACCUGACUGAGAAUUCUUGAAAGUGGAGCCCACCCCACUUUCUGCUUGCGGGGUCUUAAAAACCAUCACAUGAUCACAUAGCAUGGGGCCAUUGCUACUUCUCCAUGGCUGCCAUUUGGCAUUUAAUGCAGCUAUCUGGUCAACCUCUUGGACAUUCUUUCAGUCAUAUAAAAGCUAUAGACAGUUGCAGUUGGAAAAAGGUCUUGGGAAAUUGGAAUGCCCAGAGCUGCAUUGUGAUUGUGAUUGACACAAUGUGAUUGACUCCUGAGGACAGCUGGCCUCUUCCACAUCUGGGAAACAUCUCUUUGAGUUUGCUGUGUUUUGUUGCACCAGCCCAGAUGUCUUACAUCUGAGAAAGACAGGCCAAGCCGUAAGACAGUGAGAAAUAUUUGGCAAAUAAUUUCCUGGUGUGAAGGUUCUGCUAUUACUAAGGAUUAUGUUUAGAUAGAAGUGAAAGGUCUGUAGACUGGUCCCCAACAGGUCCUUUACAUCUGCGGAAGACACCCACAAAGGAGCAAUAAAGAAGAGUGCCACGUUUAUUUUUAUAUCUAUGUGUACUUGUCAGAGAAGGACUUGUGUUUGUCCUCUUUUGAAAUCUGUAUCUAGUUAGAUAGCAUUGCUAGCUGACAAGCAACUAGAUACAGAUGGAGAAUGAGAAGAAUUCACACAGUAACAAUAGGACAGAGAAGACAGAGAAUUAUUGCUGACCUGUUGGAAAUACUAGACCAACCAUGCCAUCUGAUUGUAGCCCCAGGUGCCCCACUACCUAGCUGUAUGAGUCUGGACAAACUUUUUUUAUGGUUUCUUCAUUCUCAGUUGUAAACUGGGAGGCUGUUGUAUGUGUUGAUUAAAAUAAUGUAUGUGAACGUGCUUCGAAAAGGUAUAAAGCACUAUACAAACUCAGCACUCCACUGGGUCAUUAUCCUUGCUGUUAUCAUGGUGAAUUUCUUGUGUUCUCCAUCAUUCAGAACAAAGAAGGCCGCAAAGAGAAUACUCCCAUAGUCCUCCACGUGGAUUCCUUUGUCUAAACCAAUAAUAGACAGUGAACAGGAUACUGAGCUGAGUUAGUGCUUUUUUGUCUCUUUGUCAUCAUUUCCUGGUAUUAAAGGUGUGCAUGUGAA